AUGGUUUUGGAAGCACAUCUGUUGAAUACUUCCACGCAAAUGUCACUUUUCGGGGCUAAUUCUGCGCCACAAACCAACCAGGGUGGCUUUGGUGCCCUUGGCCAACAACAAUCUAGCAACGGAUCCGCUCCAACUUCAACAGUGAGCACUAAUAAUCCUCCAGCACCAUCGUUGCAAACUCAAUCUUCGGUUUCUGGACCAAUUGCCAGCUCAAAUCCCUCCAAACUCGUCAAGGAUCUUCUUGAGUCUGCCAACAACCUCCCCCGUCCGAGCAAUGCUGGUUUGGGAUCACUUCACCUCACUUUAUCAGAGCUUCAAAAGCGCUCGGAUCGGAUGAGAAAGAAUACAGAAGACACACAAUCGUUCAAAAGAGCACAUUAUUUGCUUGCUUCGAGUGGUGUGAAUGCAGAUGACAUCGAAGAUGAACUCAAGACCAUAGAUAUGAAUUCUUUGGCACGAGUUCAGUCGUCCACCGUGGCAGCUCCUCCAACUUCUCGUGAAGCCGCCAGCAACAUAGACAACUAUAUCACCACGAAAAAAGACGAAAACAUCUUGUCUGCCAUCGAGCAGAGUCUUUCUAACGCUUCAAAGGAUUUUGACAAGUUUAUCAACCAGAGUGUUUCUAUCGACUGGAAAGUGCGUCGUGAUGAGUUGAGAAAAUCAUUUGGCAUUAUUAAAGCAUCUGAAGACUUGGAUGCUCCAGACACCAAGCGCCGUGCUUUCCUGUGGAACAGGUCGCUUCCUGGAAACUACCACAUUUUGGCUCCUCUUGCUAAAGACACAAACGCUCCUCCACCUCGCCAAAUGUCGAGAGAGAAGUUUGAAAGCCACGCCCAGGUGGUUUAUCACCUCAAUGAAGCUCGAAUGUCCAACUCUUUGUUCCCUCUAGCCUCAAGAUUCGAAGAUGCCAACAAGCAAUAUCACGAUACCAAGUCUCGCCAAGUGGCCGACGCUUGGCGAGUUUUGAUAGAUUUGACUGACGAGAAGAAAAGUAAAGUAUCUCAAGAGCAAAUGUUUCAUACUGAAUAUCUGACACUUCCAUCUCGUUCGCAUACAUUGACAGACAAAAUUAUAAGGUCAGGAAAGGGCUACUUGGAGAAGCAGUUCUAUGCGUACUUGGAUGAAAUUUAUAUGAAAGAUGACAAAAAAGAUGGGUUUGUCCCGGCAACAAACAUCAACAAGGUAAGCUACUUUAUCAACAAAGUGGUCACAAGAAAUAAUGCCGGCGUUAUUGACAGGACACUCAACGUCAACGGAACUCCUCUUUGGGUACUUAUCUACUACCUUCUUCGCAGUGGUUUGUACCAGGAUGCUGUUGAGGUCACCAAUAUUAACAAAGAACUUUUCACCAAACUUGACAAAAACUUCCCCAUAUACUUGAAGAACUACGUUGAAAGUGGAUGCUUAAGCUUACCGUCAGACUUGUCCGACAGAAUACAGUCAGAAUUCAGCAAACAAUUUGCGUUUGUCAAAGAAGACUCAAACGAAGGUUUCGACCCUUACAAAUAUACUUUAUACAAAAUAAUCGGCAAGUGUGGGUUGUCGAAGAAGGCUUUACCUCAUGUUUUAAACUUGAGCAUCGAAGACUGGACAUGGUUUCACUUUUCCAUCAUCAAUGAAACUGGCUCAAAUCAUAACCAAUCGAAACUUGUAUUUGAGAAUUAUUCUUUGGAAGAUUUCCAAGCUAAAAUUCUCCAGUUGGGUGCAAAGAGAUUCAACUCGUCGUCCAAGAAUCCUCUGUUCUUGAAGACCUUACUCAUGAGUGGUCUUUUCGAGUCUGCUGUGCAGUAUACGUACGAGAAUAUCAAUGAGUGCGAUGCGGUACACCUAGCUAUUGGCUUGUGCUACUAUGGUCUACUUAAAGUUGCAAGGAAAAAUCCUCCUCACGACAGUUUGUUCAUUCUUGGCAGCAAUGGACUUCCCGAAAUCAACUUUAGUCGUUUAUUGGGUUCUUACACCAGGUCGUUCAAGAUAAGUGAUCCCAAGGUUGCUUGCCAAUAUCUCAUCUUGAUAGGCAUGGGUGACGGUGGUAACUCUCAUGAAGAACUCAGUAAGUGUCAUGAAGCUUUACGUGAACUCAUACUCAUAUCGCGUGAGUUCAAUAUGUUGCUAGGCGAAUUAGAUCAAACCACUGGUCAGAAAGUUCCCGGACUUUUGGAGCGCCAAAGAUCGUUGAUACAAUUAGCGAGCCGCGAGCAAUUCGAACGUAAAAUCAUUGAUGUGGCUGCUCGCCGAUGUGAAGAAGAAGGCAGAACAUUCGAUGCCUUGUUGUUGUACCAGUUGUGUCUGGAAUUUGAUACCGUGGUGAGUCUCAUAAGUAAGCUCAUGGGAGAAAUACUUUCGACAGUCGACCUCGACAAGCCAUUGAUUGGUUACGGAAAUUACGAAAACAUCAAUGGUGAGUCCCAAGCUGCCGAUACCAUUGACAAUAAUAUCAUAUUGUUAUCGCAACACAUCAUGAAUGUGUUCAACAAGAACAGCAUCAUCAAUUCGCAUAUUCGACCUGGCGUGAAAGAAACGUGCAACAUAUUAAUCUCCAUCAUCUCCAUCAGAGACUAUUUCGUGAACAAAGAGUGGUAUAAGGUGCUCGAGGCAAUGAAGGCACUUGAAUUGGUGCCAAUAGACCCAACUUUGAAUUUGGUACAAGUUAGAAAGAUGGCCGAAAAUGUGCAUCAGAAUCAAGACAACAAUUUGAUAAAGGUGAUUCCGUCACUAUUGGUUAUGGUAAUGACUAGCAUUUCCCAGCUUAACUAUGCGAUCUUGACCAAGAAGUACCAGACGUUAGGCAACGAAAUGGAGGAGUUGAGUAACCUCAAGAACAUGGCGAGAAACUGUAUGGUAUUUGCUGGAAUGAUUCAGUACAAAAUGCCGGGAGAAACUUAUAGUCUUUUGAUCAAUUUGGAGUCACUGUUGUCGUGA